UAGUACAUUAUAUAUACGGAACAUUUCUAUUCACAUAGAGUUUCGAUUCACCAACUGGCAUGUUGCACGUUUAUUAUUCUUUACCUAAAAACCUUCCCGAAGUUGCAAACAACAUGAAACUAACUUUAUUCUUUACUGAUUGUGGUAACCUAAAACACCAUUAAAUUAAUUAGAAACUCCAAAACAGGGGAAGGGAUAUUGAAAGUGGGCCAACUUUCAAGAACGUUGGCUUUAAAUAAGUUUGUAGCCGCGAUCUAAACUUGUCGAGCUGCAGUCGACAAACAAUGGCUGAUAGGAUUUGGAAUGCCCUUACUAACAUGAUGAAGUGUGGUAUGAUUGUAGCACCCAAGUUUCCGGAUGCUUUGGUGCAUCGUGUAUUUUUUGUGAUGCAAGUUUACUUGACAAAUGGGUGGAGGCUAAGCUUCACUCACGCUGCUGCAAUCAUGAAUUUAUGGGAGGGAAUGAGCCUUAUUUUGCCGCCUUUUCUCCAGUUCUUGGCCGACACACUUGUCGGAAACUUUGCUGUGGCCCUCAUUUCCACCCUAUUCUCUACUGUCGGAAUUGGUAUGGUUGCUCUCUCCGUGCCUGAAAUCCUCGACCACUACGGCGGCAGGUGCCGGACACCAGGGGCGGAGACGUGCCUCAACGGCACGCAAGAAGCUCUAUUCUACACAGCAGUGGCGGAUCCAGGAUUUAAAAACUGGGGGCGUGUAACUUCUGUACCCCCUUGCACCCAUCUGCGUCCGGCAGCUAUUAGAGAUUCGGAUCACUUCUCAUCUUUGGUGCUAGCAGCCCUUGGAAGAGCCGGCAUCAGUUUCUCCUUAGACGCUCUAUGCGACGAACAGGGCUUGCCCGAAGCAAUGCUAAAGUAUUUGAAAUUUUGUGUUUGGGUUGAUAAGAUUGUGAUGUACUUAAUCGGAUCACUUCUCAUCUUUGUGUGGACAAGGAAAUGGAAACUUCUAUUUGGAAUUCCAGCAAUCUACAGUGCGUUUAUGGGCAUUUGGUUUCUCUGUGGAAGCCGUUGGUAUAAUCGUCCAAAAGGUAAGGGGAGUCCACUAACCAGCGUUUGUAGAGUAAUAUAUUCAGCCGCUACUUCAAACAACAAAUCUCAGCCGUUGAAUCCAACCCACGAUGAUCAGAAGCCGUUCUUUGAUCGUUUUCCUAGGUGUUUGGACCGGGCUCUGCCCUUCUUCGACGAGCAAAGUGUCGAAACCGCAAAAUUUGUGGUGAGGAUGGCUCCUAUAUCGAUCACGUUCCUAGUCUGCGGGAUGGUGUCGUCGGUCGGAAACACUUAUUUCGUGGAGCAAGCAAACCACAUGAACCGCCGUGUCGGGAAAUGGAACGUGCCUCUCCUUGCGCUGCAGCUGCCGGUGAUAGUCUUCAAGCUGUUUCACGACAUGUGGCUCUACAUCUUUUUCAAGAUCGGUAGAAAAAAGCUGCGUAUCGACCUCCCGAUAGGCGGGAUCGGAGCGGCGAUGGUGUACUCGGUCCUAUGCUGCGUGGCCGCCGCAGCGAUGGAGAUGAAGAGGCUACGGGUGAUCAGGAGCCACGGUCUGAUCGACAAGCCGGACGAUGAGGUGAUACCGAUGCACGCGGCGUGGCUGCUGUUCCAGUUCUUCCUUCUCGCGGGGCUGGAUUCGUUCCUUCGAAAGAGCAUCGUGGAGUUUUACAAGGAUCGUGCUCCUCAAUGGUUGCGGAAGAAACUUGAUGAUGAUAAGGCGGCGGCGAGGGCGGCGCAGAGGUACUUUGAUGUUGCGGUUAAUUUUGUGUGUGGGUUGGGAUUCUUGUCGAGUGUGCUGUCAGUUUAUGUUGUCAGGAGAUUAAGCGAUUGGUUUCAGUAUACGCUGAAUAAGAGUCAUUUGGAUCGGUAUUAUUGGGUGCUGGCGGGUUUGAGUGGUGUCAAUCUAGUUGUGUUUAAUGUGGUUGGUUUGGGGUACAUGCGAACACACUCUUAGUGGUCGUUUGGUUCAAUUAAAGGAAUGAAAAAGGAAUGGAAUCAA